CAGCCACAGCAGCAGAAGGUGAGUCAGAAGUGCAGGAAGUAGAGCAUUAGGAUGAAUCAGGCGGGUCUGGAGAGUGUGAGAGGAGACACAGCAGUAGAAGUGUGUCAGGAUCAGGCACAGUUUAGGAAAUCAUCACAUCAGGCAGAGAGAAAUAACAGAUUAUGGUGUGCCUGUUCUACAGUGGUUUAAGAGGAUGCAAGCGGGGACUAUUUAAAACGUAUAGCUUUUCCCGCCAAAUCACCAUGGCAACGUUGACAUGACGUUUACCGGCUAUCACCCGUUCAGUUCUGUAUAAUCACAGGAGCAUGUCUUGGCGUGAUGGCAGUUGAAUCACGACCUCUUUCACUUGAUGGACUGAUAGACUGACUUGUCUUUUAUCCAUGGAGUAGUGAGAGUGACUGAAUGACAAACGGCUAGACCAAUUGGCAUAGAGAAGUGGCUGUCAUCAGGUUUUUCCCACUGGAAAGCUAGGCGAGGGAGGGGAAACGUCUGGAGAUACGCAGCUCCACUUCUCCCGUUUCACUGAGCUGGAGCGUGUUGUGAAGGACCCGAGCUUGCUGAGAAGCUCACACAGACUGAUCGACAUUCCGGCAUGCAGUGAUGACUGUGUGUGUACCAGGCGCAGAAGUCAUCCAGCUGACAGCUGGCGGUUAUAUUUGAGCAGCUGGACUCUGUGUUUUAAAGCUCGGUUGGACACGCGGAGUCCCCAGAGUGAUUGUCGGGGAAGCCCUCAUCCCUCAUCCUCACACUGAGCCGAGCAGGCACACAAUGCCCUCCUCCUCCUCCUCCUCUUCCUCCUCCUCCUCCGCGCACACGGAUGCUGCUGAUGCUGAUCCUCUCCGUUUACUCGCCAGCGGACUGCUCACAGCAUCUCGGUGAACGAUGAUCGCAUUACGGACCGGGCUCGAUAGUCGUGCCCUUUUCUUCCUCAGAGGUGCAGAAGAAGCAGAACCAGAGCGGAUGCUUGGCAAGGAUAACAGUAGCAGCCUACACGCAGAACGCUCUGAGCUCCGAGCAUCAGCUAGGCACUCAUCUCCAUCAUCACCAUCAUCAUCACCAUCAUCAUCAUCACUAUCCUCCUCAUCAUCAUCAUCAGUAUUACUAGAGCAAGAGAGACACGACUGAACUUCCGAUGAUGCAUUUAACAAAAAGGUUUGGUAUGAGUGUGAUCAUCCCCAUCUGAAACAAAUAGGACCUUCAAUUUAGGAGAGAGUUUUUAUUUAUUUAUUUAUUUAUUUAUUUAUUUAUUGGAGGAAGUCUGGUCCCUGUCCACUGCAGCCUUCACCAUGAGCCACCCACAGCCCUCUCAGCCGUCCGCAGCACCUGACCUGGAAGUGAUCUCCCAGCAAGUGGAAGAUGAAGGCCAGUGCAUGGCUCCAGUGCAGCUAGUCAGCUUUGCUUACCGAGAUCUCCCUCUGGCCGCGCUCGACAUCUCACUGGCUGGCUCUCAGCUCAUCUCCAACCUGGAUGAAGAGGAAAAUAGAGAAGGGUCUAACUGGCUGAAGCCUUGUUGUGGGAGGAGGGCAGCUUUUUGGCAGGUGUGUUUGCUGAGUGCAGGUUUUAACUGUUUGCUGGUGGCGUGUGUUAUUCUGGUGGUGGUGCUGCUGACUCUGGAGCUGCUCAUCGACACUCGGCUGCUGCAGUUUACCAAUGCAACCCAGUUUGCUGGCAUUAUUCACUGGAUCAGCCUGGUCAUUCUCUCCAUUUUCUUCACUGAGACUGUCUUCAGGAUUGUGGUGCUGGGGAUAUGGGAUUACAUAGAGAACAAAGUUGAGGUGUUUGAUGGUGCUGUGAUCGUGCUCUCUUUGGCCCCGAUGGUUGCCUCCACUGUUGCUAAUGGACCCAGCAGCCCCUGGGAUGCCAUUAGCCUCAUCAUCACCCUUCGCAUAUGGAGGGUCAAGAGAAUUAUUGAUGCGUACGUGCUGCAGGUGAAGGUGGAGAUGGAGAUGGAGCUUCAGCAGUAUGAGAAGGCUAAAGCUGUGCGGGAGGAGCAGCUAGAGAGGCUCACGCAGAUCUGUCAAGAGCAGGCGUUUGAGAUCAGGCAGUUGCGGGCUCACCUGGCUCAGCAGGAUCUGGAUCUGGUUGCAGAGCGUGAGGCUGCUAUGCAGAUCCACCACGUGUGGGGAAAGCAGAGCAGCAGCUUUCAGGAGGUGGACGGACUCGGACCCACAGCCUCCGACACUGAGGGCAGAGGCAAAAGGAGAGAGCCAGGAGCUCCUACAGAAAACAUCACUCAAGAUGACAUGAACAAUUACAUCAGCCAGUAUUACAGUGAGCCAAGUAGUGAUAUUGGGGUUCCAGAGCCGGGUGCACGCAUCAUAACUACUGCAGCCAUAGACGUGCACCUGCCCACCAACCCUUGCCAGCUGCCUCCAUCUCUGGUGAGCGCUGAUGGACCAGGCAGCUCAGUGAGCGAGGCUCCCAGCAGCACAGUGUCACGCUCCAGCUGCAGCUUCUCGGGACGCCAGCACAGUGUCAGCAGCCAUACACUGGCCUCCAGCAGCGAGUGCAGCUCCACCGUACGCGAGGCCUCCACCUCUGACUACAGCGGCCAGCACUGCUGCCCACCGCCAUACUGCAGCCCACUGACACUGGGUACACAGGGAGGAGGGCACACCCCCAGCGCUGUGGUUCAGGAGCUUCUCUCAUCCCUGUCUGAGGACUCGUGUCUGGCCCAGAAGGGCAGAGUGAACCCGCUUAACCUGAAGCUCCCCAGUCCAGCCGGCUCAGCUAAGGCCAGCCCCGAGCUGGAGCACAGGGUCAAUAUUUACAAUAAGAGGAACCAAGAGAGUCUGGCUGUGUUCCAAACCAAGCCGCUGAUCCACCUGCAGGGAAAUGAGCCAUUGCUAGACGAGAAGUACAGACUCAUGGAGCCUGCAGAUGCUCCAAUGACUCACAUGCCAGACACGUAGGGUAUGGAGUGCAGCAGCAUGGCCACCAUCACCAGCUGAAGCAGCUUCCCUCUCUGUCUCUGUCUCUCUCUCUCUCUCUCUCUCUCUCAGCCAGCACUGUUCACUCUGACUCCCAGGCUUCUUGCUCUCUAGAAGUGAGCACUGAGCAACACACCAAGGACUGCUCUCAGUUGCCUUCUCCAGAGGGGUUUCCCAACUUCAUGGUGAGGAACUGUUGGCACAUUCUCUGUCUCUCUCUGUCUCUCUCUCUCUCUGUCUCUCUCUCUCUCUCUGUCUCUCUCUCUCUCUCUCUGUCUCUCUCAGCAAAACACUUAAACAAUGUGUGUCCCUUCUGCCAAAAUUGCACAACCUUCCAGAGCCCAGGGAGAGGCACUUUGGGAGCCAUCACUGGAACAUUCAUCAGGAAUUUCCUACUUCAAUGUUCGUCCGUGUUCGGUGACCGUCUGAAACCAGCAAUGGGACACAAACGCACUCGAGCUUUCAGACAGCCACGUAGAAUAGAAAUGAGGCGGGAAUACUUGUGAUUCUUUAUGUGUUCUUAUUUCAGGGUUUGGUUGAGGUGAAGGGUCAACGAGGUAACCGUUUUUAUUCGUUUUAUUUAUAUGAAUAAUAACACAAUGUACAGUACAGGCCUACUGAUCCGACUGCUGCAGGGUUACAUUUGAUCUGUGUUCAAAUGUGUCGAGCUGUGUUACUCAGCCAAAUUUCUUACCUUUGCCUUUCUUACUGAUGCUAACGUUUGUAUUCAAAAUUCUAUGAAUGGAACAAAGCACGCAACUCAAAUAUUUUUAAAAACCUGCUUAGAUUUGAUUUGAUGGGAGAAAUAUUCAGUAAUAUAAUAAUAGAAGGUUUUUAUGAGGAAUGAUGGGUGAGAAUGUUGUCACAACUCCGAACGUUAACCCCAUCCUUAUAGCAUGAGCCUUUGAGAAUAAAAUUUCUGCUUUUUGAUUGAGGCUGACUAAUCCUGUAUUGUUGAUUAAGGCAUUUUAUAUAACUGAUAAUGGGAGAAAUUGUAAAGCAAAUAAAAGUUGGUAAACUUGAAUCUGAA